AAUACGUGUUAUCUUUAUGUUGCCGCCUUAAACAGUUUUACAGCCGACAAAAGACAGUAAGUAGCAUGGUGUAUUUUACAGUCGAGCUAGUGAGAUCAUACACCACUAUUCGUCCUAGAUCAUGGAUUCUACCGCCAAAAUCAGCCGGACUCAUCUUUACACCAGUGCAGCCAUCUUGAACUUGGUAUACCUGGUAUGCGGAACCACGUACGCUUGGUCGUCACCAGUGCUGAUGAAAUUGCAUCUGUCAGACGAAGAGGGAAGUACGGUCGCCUCCAUGGUGGCUCUAGGAAUGGGGUUAGGACCCUUCCUGUCCGGAGCUCUGCUGAAAGUCCUGGGCCGUAAGUCCACCGUGGGCCUCGGCAUGGUUAGCAUGACGUGCUCCUACUUGCUGCUGACAGUGACUCAGCAGGUCGUGCUUCUGGUGGUGGCCAGACUGCUUGCCGGCAUCACAUUAGCUGUAGCCUUUUCUGCUGUGCCAACCUACAUCGCCGAAAUUGCUGAGGACUCUGUUCGAGGUAUUCUAAAUACUUUCAUUCAGACCUUUUUCUCCUUCGGAAGUCUCGUAGUUUACGCUGUAGGUCCUUUCGUCAGUUACGCUGUUCUACAUUACAUCUUGCUAGCGAUGUGCGCUUGCUUCUUUCUGCUCUUCCCAUAUCUACCCAACUCACCGUAUGCGCUGAUCAUGAAGGGCGAAGAGCACAGAGCGAGAGAGGCCCUCGCAUGGCUGAGACAGGGAAGGUCCAAAGUUUACGUCGAAAAGGAGCUUCAGUCGAUUCAGAAAUCAGUGCGGCAGAGUCAGGCAGAGCCCGGGUCUGUCCUGGAGCUGUUCACGAACACUGGUAACCGUCGCGCCUUGUCCAUCUGCUGCAUCCUUCUGGCUCUCCAGCAGUUCUCCGGGAUCUCUAUAGUCUACUUUUACACGGAGUCCAUCUUCAAGAUGUCAGGCACUACCAUCUCCAGCAGCACUUGCGCCAUCAUCAUCGGAAUCAUCAUGUGUGUGUCGUCCUUCCUGAGUCCUGUCACCGUGCAGAAGUUCGGCUACAAAACGAGCUUGUUGAUUUCUACUUCUGGAUGUGUCUUGGGAAUGGGAUCACUUGGGAUAUUUUUCUUGCUCAAAGCCAACCACUUCAACGUUGACUCUGUCAGCUGGCUGCCUCUUUUAAGCGUCGUAACUUAUAUCCUGUUCUUUAAUGCAGGGUUUGCCACAGUGCCAUGGGCUCUGUCAGGAGAGCUGUUCCCCAACAACAUGAAACCUUACGCCUCUACACUCGUCACCUCAACUGGAGGUGUCACAGCUUUCAUCAGCUCCAAGUUGUUCCCGACCUUAACCGUGCUCAUCGGCAUAGAGUUCCUGUUCUUGGCGUGUUCGUUCUUCUGUUUCCUGGUCGUGGUGUUCGUCUUGCUGGUAGUGCAGGACACCAGCGGCAUGUCUUUCGAGGAGAUCCAGGCCACCAUGAACAGCCGCAAGAGGAAAGAGGUGCUGCGCAACGGUGACACGGCUAAGAAAGGAAGAGGAGGAAAAGAUACCGAUGAUGGAGAACACCGCAGCUUCUUAGGAGGAGACGUUCACACGACAGAGACCUGGGAGUCCCCACCCAGUCGCACUCACCUGUACCUCAGUGUGUUCAUCUUUGAACAGUUUUGGUGUGUAAUAAUCAUGGAGAAAGCAAAACUAAGAUUUUUGGGUGAAGGGAAUGAGAUCGAUACUAGGAUUGUGGGCCCAAAGGCCAGAAGGGUUCACCUCUACCUCAGCGUUUUGAUCUUGAAUGUGGUAUUCUUCAUCUGCGGGACAGUGUUCGCGUGGUCUUCCCCGGUGCUGAUGAAACUCGAGCUAACUAGCCACGAGGGAAGUACUGUAGCCUCCAUGGUGUCCCUGGGAAUGGCCUUCGGGCCCUUCGUCUCCGGGACCUUGUUGAACCUCCUGGGUCGCAAGGGCACUGUAGGGCUCGGCAUGGCCAUCAUGACAGGGUCUUACCUCCUGCUGACCGUGGUCAGUGACGUCACACUUCUGUCUGUCGGGAGGUUCUUCUGCGGCACCACUUGUGGGGUCGCCUUCUCUGUCCUGCCCGUGUACAUCGCCGAAAUAUCCGAGGAUUCUGUUCGUGGAGUGUUGAAUACCUUAAGCCAAAUAUUUUUGUGUUUCGGGAGCCUGUUGAUGUUUUCUGUUGGGCCGUUUGUCGGUUACUCCACCCUUCACUACAUAAUGCUCGGGCUCUGCGCCUUCUUCUUCCUGUUGUUCCCUCUUCUGCCUGAAUCUCCGUAUUUUCUGAUUAUGAGGAACCGGGUCAACCACGCGCGGAAAACGCUCAUCUGGCUCCGAGAAAACAGACCAAUGUCUUUUGUUUCUGAGGAACUCCAGAACCUACAGAAAACAGUCCAGGACAGCACAGUCGAGUCAGGAUCUAUCCGAGAUCUGGUCACUUCCAGAGCUAACCGCAGAGCCCUCGUCAUCUGCUGUGGCCUUCUCAUCCUCCAGCAGCUCUCCGGUAUAACUGCUGUCUUCUUCUACACAGAACAGAUCUUCCAAAUGACGGGGACUGAUCUGCCCAGCAGCAUCUGCUCUAUAGCGAUCGGCGUCAUCAUGACAGUAGCUGCGUUCUGUUGUCCGGUUGCCGUCAGGACCUUCGGCUACAAGAAGACCCUCAUUGUGUCCGCACUGGGCGCGGUCCUCGGAACGGGAAGCCUUGGCGUGUUUCUGUGGGUGAAGAACAACGGAGUCGACUUGAGCACUGUGAACUGGCUCCCUUUACUGAGCCUUGUUGUCUACAUUCUCUUCAUGAACUCCGGUUUCUCUAUCAUACCGUGGGCCUUAUCUGGAGAAUAUUUCCCUAGUAACGUCAAGUCCUACGCUUCCACAGUUGUAGCGUCAACUUGCGGCUUAGCCUCUUUCCUCGUGACCAAGUUCUUCCCUCACUUGGCUGAUCUCCUAGGACUGGACGUGGUAUUCCUGUCAUGCUCGGGUUUCAGCCUCUUCACCGUGGUUUUAGUAGCGAUCUGUGUGGAAGAGACGAGCGGUCUGUCAUUUCAUGAAAUCCAAGAAAUUUUAAAGGGACGGAAGAGUGAAAUCAGAGCAAAGAGAGAACCACUUCCAUCUGAGCUUUAGGGUAGUCACUCAACUGUCACUUCUCUGAAUUCGGUUGGUCUAGAGUCAUUGGGAGUUGUCACAAGACAGACACUGAAGUAAUUAUCAAAUUAAAGUACGAUUCUGACAAAAAUCUGGUGUUUCCUAAAUAUAAUAUUGAAUCAACUAGAACUGAAAUAAAUCUAUUAUGAUUAUGUAUAGUUCAUCAAAAUAAAAAAUUAAAGAUUAUAAAGUAAUAUACUUAGAGAAUUUGAGGAUAGUAGUAUUUCGAACAUUUGUCAUCAUCACAUGUUACAAAAGUAAAUAUUUAUAUUUUAACAUACG